UCUUGUUUUGAUCCUAUCCUCUGUUUCUUCUUCCUCGAUCUGCGCAACAUUAACAUUCUCACUCUCUCUCUCAAACUCCGUGAACCGUGAUCAUCUCUCUCAAUUUGCCCCUCUUCUUCAUUCCCCUCUCAGACCAAUCGUGCUCGCUCUCGUAUCCAUCGUCUUUAAUAAAAACUGUAAACUAAACUACCUGUGUGUGGGAAUCAAAUGACGAUGGGUGCUGCUGAAAAGAGCGUUGAGAAUAAAGAUUAUCGUCUGCCUCGUGAAGUCAAGGAAGCUUUACAAGCAAUAGCAUCAGAGUGGGAAGAUGUGAUUGAUUCAAAGGCUCUCCAAGUUAUUCCUUUGAAAGGUGCUAUGACCAAUGAGGUGUUUCAGAUCAAAUGGCCAACUAGGGAAAAAGGUCCUUCGCGUAAGGUUGUGGUUAGGAUUUAUGGCGAAGGUGUUGAGAUCUUCUUUGACCGAGAGGAUGAGAUCAGGACGUUUGAGUUCAUGUCAAAGCAUGGUCAUGGUCCAUUGUUGUUAGGACGGUUUGGCAAUGGCCGUAUCGAAGAGUUCCUCCAUGCACGGACCCUAUCUGCUGCUGACUUGCGUGAUCCGGCAAUAUCUGAUCGAAUAGCAACUAGAAUGAAGGAGUUUCACUGUCUUGAAAUGCCUGGUGUGAAGAAGGCUUUGCUUUGGGACAGAUUACGAAAUUGGCUUACUGCAUGCAAGAGACUGGCUUCACCAGAAGAAGCUAAGUCCUUUCGUCUCGAUGUUAUGGAGACGGAAAUUAAUUUGCUUGAGAAAUCUCUCUUUAACAAUGAUGAAAAUAUUGGAUUUUGCCACAAUGAUUUACAGUAUGGAAACAUAAUGAUGGAUGAAGAGACCAAAGCAAUAACCAUCAUUGAUUAUGAAUAUUCAUGCUACAAUCCUGUGGCUUUUGACAUUGCCAACCACUUCUGCGAGAUGGCUGCUGAUUACCACACUGAAACACCUCACAUCAUGGAUUAUAGUAAAUACCCUGGCGUGGGGGAGCGUCAACGAUUUCUGAAAACAUAUAUGAGUUAUUCAGGUGAAGAGCCCAGCGAUACUAUGGUCAAAAAACUCCUCGAAGAUGUUGAGAGAUAUACACUUGCUAGUCAUCUCACUUGGGGUUUAUGGGGAAUUAUAUCGGAACAUGUGAAUGAAAUCGACUUCGACUACAUGGAGUACGCAAGACAAAGGUUUGCGCAGUAUUGGUUAACAAAGCCAGGGCUCCUUGAGGCUUCCAAACACAAGUAAAUCUCUAUGGACGAUCCAACCGAAGAAAAGUAUUUUUACGGUGGUAAAGAUGUAUAUACGCACAAAAAGUGCUGCAUACAAUGAUAUUUUUACCAACUCCGAAAUAAAGAAAAUGUAACGUUUUCUGUUUUACCUCUUUACAAGGCAAAAUGUAACGGUGAGUAGUUUAUAAUCAACAGUUGAAUUUGUUUCAGAUGAAAUGUAGUUCUCACAAAUUAAAUCAACUUUUUUUUUCCCGUCU